GGUGCGGAGUACGCCAUGCGAGCCCGCAAGAGGAAAGCUGAUGUGGCCACGUUCUUACAGGAUCCCGAUGAAGAAAUUGCCAAAAUGGAGAUGACUAGAAAAAAGCCGUGUGAAAAACAGAUGUCCUGGAAUAACAUUCACGAGCAUGCCCACAUGCUGAUUCCCACUCCAGAUAAAGAUGAUGAUCCUGUUCAUGUUGACUACUCGCGCUUUAUUCAUCUGAGCGUGGUUCCCACCAGAGCUACCCCACUGCCAGCUCUAGGCUGGGCAAACAGGGAUGAUGUAUGGAAAAACAUGAUAAACAAAGAAGAGACCUACAUGAGAGAUAAAUUGUACAUGCAAAGGCACCCCCAGCUGCAGCCUAAAAUGAGAGCCAUCCUUCUAGACUGGCUAAUGGAGGUUUGUGAAGCCUACAAACUUCAUAGAGAAACUUUUUAUUUAGCACAAGAUUUCUUUGAUCGCUUUAUGGCAACACAACAGGAUGUUGUAAAAACACUAUUGCAGCUUAUUGGUGUCACUUCUCUAUUCAUAGCAGCAAAGCUUGAGGAAAUUUAUCCACCAAAGUUGCACCAGUUUGCUUAUGUUACAGAUGGAGCCUGUACAGAAGAUGAAAUAAUCAGUAUGGAAUUGAUCAUUAUGAAGGCUCUUAAUUGGAACUUAAAUCCACUGACGGUUGUAUCAUGGCUAAACAUUUACCUGCAAGUUGCAUAUUUAAAUGAUCUUUAUGAGAUGAUGUUGCCACAAUAUCCACAGCAGAUAUUUGUACAAAUAACAGAGCUCUUGGAUCUCUGUGUGCUGGAUAUAGGCUGCUUGGAAUACACCUAUGGAAUACUUGCAGCUUCUGCUUUGUAUCACUUCUCUUCAUCUGAGUUGAUGCAGAAAGUUUCAGGUUAUGAGUUCUGUGAGAUAGAGGACUGUGUGAAAUGGAUGGUCCCAUUUGCCAUGGCUCUAAGGGAAGUAGGAAGCUCCAAACUCAAACACUUUAGUGGGAUAGCUCCUGAAGAUUUGCACAAUAUACAGACGCACAUGAACAGCUUUGAUUUGCUGGACAGAGCUCAAGCAAAACAAGCCAUAUUGGCUGAGCAAAAUAGGACUUCACCUUUCCCCACUGGUGUCCUUACACCACCACAAAGUAGUAAGAAACUGUCUUCUGGGCUGCAAUCAAUAUGACUUUGGGAAUUGUUGAUGGACAAUUUUGCUGAAGUGCCUGUUCUGCUGGUUUUAGCUCCUGCUCCAUUACAGAACUGCUGCCAGUGAAGUUCAUAAGCUUUCAUGGAAUCUGGAAAGGAAACCUUACUUUCAUGUGACGGAAGUUUUUCUAUCUGAAAUAGUUUUAUUGAAUGUUAAAAUAUUUUAAAGAAAUGGAUCAAGUACACCAGCCACUUGAAAGAACACUGAAGUGUGCUCCAGAUGCUGCUACGGAGGGUGAUGCUUGAUCAACUGCUCAGAAAAAGGGCUUGAAGCUUGGAUUACUGUGCCUGUUUGUC